AUGAAGUAUCUAACUACUUAAAAAAAAUAUAUAUAGAUAUAUGAUGAAAGGAAUUCAAUUAAAUAUGCACUAUUUUCAAAUUAACUGUAUCCCAACAAGAAAUCUGCCAAUCUCAAAUAGUUCAGAUAAAAACAAUAUUAUGGUUAAUAAUAACGAGUUGAUGACCUGGAGAGAGGCUCAGCUCUACUGCAGGAAGCACCACGCAGAUCUGCCUAGUGUGAAGAACCAGAUAGAGAACAAUGUGUUACAGAACCUAGUGCUUCGCAGUGGUCUGAUGUGGAUCGGCCUGUUCAGAGACUCCUGGAAGUGGUCAGACCAGAGUGACUCCUCGUUCAGAUACUGGGGUCCCAACCAGCCCAUUAAUCGCUUAGGGAAUCAGAACUGUACUGCAGUAUGGGAAGGAGUAUGGACAGAACAUCAUUGUAUGUAUAGGAUUCCCUUUGUUUGUUAUGGAGUGAAGAAGACACAGCAGAUGGUGAGAGUGAGGCUGACCACAAAGGACCAGAACAUGGACCUGACUGAUCCUGACAUGCGGGAGGCCAUCUUGCAGCAGAUAAAGAAGGAUCUGAGGGAAAAGGGGAUGUCUGAUGACGUCAAACUGAGAUGGAAGGAGCAUCCCGAUGGAAAGAUCUUCCGCAAGGAAAAAAAUAUGGAUCCCCAAAAGAAGAAAAUGAAGGAGAGAAUACCAGUUAUGACAAAGGGAGAACUCUAAACUUAGAUUUUUUUUGGUCUCCAACUCUAUGGAAUUUGCAUAUUUAUAUAAGGAAUAAUAGAUACUAUCCUAAAAUAUAUAACCCGUAUUUGGUGAAACUGCCUCAUCCUUUUGUGAUAUUACAACAACAAAUACGUUACUUCAAACAACGAACACUGUUUUACCCCCUCAGACAUCAUUGCAGGCACGAUAGAACUCUGUUUCAUCACAACAGCACAAAAACAAUAGCAAGGCGCCGGCGUGAAUUAUGGCGUGGUUUCACCAAAUGUUGAUUCUAGCUUUAAGUAAUACACUGCUAAAACAUAAAGAAAGUUUAGAACAUGUAUUAGUAGCGUGUGUAACAUUAUAUUCUGUCGUACUCAUUAAGAAUGAACCGUUUUGUUUCAAUUGAUGAUGAUAUGAGUAUAUGUUAAAAUACAUAUCGCUACAAUACAUAUACUGAAUUGUAGCGACAUUAACCAACACCUACUGUAGCAACCUCGUCAAGAGAUUCAGAUCUCUUGGCGUAACAGCUAAGGUGUUUGUUUGAACUUGGCUAGAGCCUGGUUUGAGUCCUGGUCGGGGCUACCCCCCUGGAAUUUGCUUCAGUAUGUAAAUUAUGUAAGUGAAAUAUGUAUCAACGAUAUAAAUCAUGUUUUAAAAUGUUUAUAAUCAUGUUUGUAAA